UAAAACCUGAUAACAAUUUACAUAGUCUCAGUUGGUGCAAUUAACUAAAUGAUUUGUAAUGAAUAUAUAUAUUUGUUAAGAGCUUACACUAUAGAUAUUUGUUAUUUCUUCUAAUUUACCUCUAUUUUGUAUUUCUACAUAGUCACAGGUAUACCUAAAAAUACAACUAUAUAGAACUGCUAUACUGUCAACUUACGUGACUACAUAGUACUGCUAUACCAUUUUACUAGCGAUUUAAUCGUGCUUGUAAGUAAAUAUACAUGAAUAGUUAUGAAAAACGUGUCUAAUUCCAAACUUGUGCAAAUUGCCGCUAUUGGCGGGUUAAUCGUUGCUAGUACUGGCUUUUAUCUACAGAAUAAACUCAUAGAAAAAGUGCGGGCAAUGGACUACUAUAAGGUUGCAUUGAAAAAACUUAGAUCUCAUCCGGGUGCUGUUUACCACUUAGGAGAACCAAUAAAAGAUAAGCGCUUUAAAAUUACAGAUACUGAGAAUAAUUAUUGUGACCAAAAACUUGCUAGAUUUAAAGUGCCAGUAACUGGAGCAAAAGAUAGAGGAAGUUAUUUUUUCUGGGCUAUAAAUGAGGGUGACAGUUGGUCACUAACAAAAGCAGAAUUGGAAUUAAAAUCAAAACCAGAUGAAAGAUUAGUCAUUAUUAAAUAAUAGAUUCAUUCAAAAAUUCCUAUUAAGAAUAUUU